GCAGAGAGGGGUGGAGGACACUGAGUGGAAGCCAGUGGAGGGAUUGGCAGAGAGGGGUGGAGGGACACUGAAUGGAGGCCAGUGGAGGGAUUGGCAGAGAGGGGUGGAGGACACUGAGUGGAGGCCAGUGGAGGGAUUGGCAGAGAGGGGUGGAGGACACUGAAUGGAGGCCAGUGGAGGGAUUGGCAGAGAGGGGUGGAGGACACUGAAUGGAGGGCCAGUGGAGGGAUUGGCAGAGAGGGGUGGAGGACACUGAGUGGAGGGCCAGAUGUGGGAUUGGCAGAGAGGGGUGGAGGACACUGAGUGGAGGCCAGUGGAGGGUUUGGCAGAGAGGGAUGGAGGACACUGAGUGGAGGCCAGUGGAGGGAUUGGCAGAGAGGGGUGGAGGACACUGAAUGGAGGUCAG